AUGUCGACCCCGCAGGAGCUCGUGCCGCAAACAGAAUCCAUUGCGGAAGUCUACGCAACGGACGACGCCUCCGUCAACUCAGUUGCGCCAGAGCACCAGCAGCGAUGGGCCAACCUCAUCACCCAGUUUAACAAGACCUACAGCUACCGCCCGGACUUCGUGGCGCGCAGUCCCGGUCGCGUGAACAUCAUCGGCGAGCACAUCGACUACUCCCUGUACGAUGUCUUACCCACCGCCGUCAGCGUCGACGUGAUCAUGGCCGUCAAAGUCGUCCCCGCCAGCUCCUCAGAAUCCACGAUCACAAUUGCCAAUGUCUCCCCGGAGAAGUUCCCUACUCGCGAAUUCAGCGUGCCUCACGAUAAAGACGUCGAGAUCGACCCCAAGAAGCACGAAUGGGUCAACUACUUCCGUGCCGGAUUGUCCGGCGCCCUCAAGUUCCUGCGCAAGGAAAACGCCUCCUUGGUCCCUGCCAGCAUGCAGAUUUUGGUCGAUGGAAACGUACCUCCCGGCGGAGGUAUCUCCAGUAGCGCGGCUUUUGUUUGUGCCAGUGCGCUGGCCGUUAUGAAGGCCAACAACCACAAUGUCUCCAAGCAGGACUUGCUUGACUUGGCUGUCGUUUCAGAGCGCGCCGUGGGAGUCUACUCAGGCGGCAUGGAUCAAGCAGCAUCCAUCUUCUCCAAGCGUGGAUACCUACUCUACACCCAGUUCUACCCUGCAUUCGCCGCCCACCACGUGGCGAUCCCCAAGGCCGCCGACGAAAUCACCUUCCUGAUGGCCCAAAGCUUCGUCACAUCCAACAAGGCCGAAACCGCCCCACGCCACUACAACCUGCGCGUAGCCGAGUGCACCCUCGCCGCCGUCAUUCUCGCCAAGAGCUUCGAUCUGACCCUCCCCAAGGACAACAGCUCUCUCGGCUACAGCCUGCGCAACUUCCAAAACCAGCUUAUGACCAAAGAAGGUCGCCUAGGGGAUCCACUGGAGUAUCAAAUCGACUCCGUGAUCCAGGCAACCCAAGACCUCUUCACCAAGGAAGAAGGCUACACACGCGAAGAGAUGGCCCAGCUACUAAGCAUCAGCGUACCGGAGCUCGAAUCAAGCUUCCUCUCCGCGUUCCCCGUGCAAGCGGAGCGAUUCCAGCUCCGACAGCGCGCUCUGCACUGCUUCAAGGAAGCACGCCGCGUUCUUGACUUCAAGGCUUGUUUGAGCAACGCGAAGGAGCUGGAUGAGAAGCGCAUUCACUACCUUGGACAAUUGCUUAAUGAAUCGCAGGAGUCUUGUCGUGUUGCUUAUGAUUGCAGUGCGCCUGAGGUGGAUGAUAUUUGUGCGAUUGCGCGCAAGGCUGGUACUUGGGGUUCGCGAUUGACUGGUGCUGGGUGGGGUGGUUGCACUGUGCAUAUGUUGCCGCAGGGUAAGGUUGAGGCAGUCACUGCUGCGUUGAGGGAUGAGUAUUAUCUCAAGAAGUUCCCUGAUAUCAGUAAGGAGAAGUUGGAGCAGGCUAUGGUUAUCAGCAAGCCCUCCAAUGGGUCGUUUUUGGUUUCGGGCGCUGCUAUUGACCAGAUUGCCCUUUAG